UCAUGAGAACGCUGAGACACGUGUGUGUCGCUCGUUGUGUGUAGCAGCAGCGUAUGUAUGUUUGUGAGGGCGCAUGUGGAGCGCAUUCCUUAGCGUAUAAAGAGUCAUAAGGAUAAGCGCGCGGAAGUAGCACGAUGCGGCUACAGGUAUUGGAUCCUUAGCAGCAGCUGUCUUCUCAGAUGAACAUUGUUUUUCUCAUGGAUCCUCCUCGCCAAGGUUCAGAACAUGUCAUCACUGAAAGAAGUGAACAGGCAGAGUGGAUCCUUUGAUUCCACGAAGUAUGACAUUGAAGACCUGCUUUUCAAAAUCCUUGUUAUUGGCGACUUCGGUGUUGGAAAGACCUCAUUGAUUCGGCGUUACACAGAAGGUGUGUUCGAUCCAGCCUAUAAGAUCACCAUUGGAGUUGACUUUGCCCUAAAGCACCUUAUCUGGAAUAGCAAUAAACACAUAACCCUGCAGCUGUGGGACAUCGCUGGGCACGAACGCUUUGGAUACAUGACACGGGUGUACUACAAGUAUGCCACUGCUGCUGUGAUUGUCUACGACUUGUCAAGGCCAACGACCCUGCACUCUGUGCUGAAGUGGAAGGCCGACAUCACUGCCAAGGUGGAGCAGCCAAAUGGGCGGCCCCUGCCAGUGCUGCUGGUGGCCAACAAGUGUGACCUGGGACUCCAGCCUCCCAAUGCUCGGUUUCUCAGCGCCUUCUGCCAGGAGCAUGGAUUUGCUGGCUGGUUCCCAACUUCAGCCAAGGAGAACAUCAACAUAAACGAAGCCAUGCUGUGUUUGGUGGAGGAAGUGCUGGCUCAGCGAGAGGAGUGCCACCUGCCCGGACCCCGUGACCAGUCGCUGAAGCGCCUUGGCCCACACGCAGCACAGCCUGGCCGUAAACCUUGCUGCCACUGACCAGCAGAGUGAGACACUGGACCAGCGGCAAGUUCUCUUUCACAUCGGCUUACUUGCAAGGCUGCAUUGUACCUUACGGCAAGCAGGUGUCGUAAACAACAAAAACACUGUGAUUACACUGUCUACUCUUGACCAUGCUUGUGGCUGGUCUCGAUUUCGUGAUGUAAAGUUGUAAAUUAAUAUCAUAUUGCGAAGGGAACAAGCAUAAGCAUUCCACUUUUUAUGCAGGUGUCAUUGCUUACUGAUGGAUUUCAUUCAUGGCAGUUAUCAUUACUGUGUACGGUGUAAGGCAUGCGCCCUUUAGGCCAGGACACCAUGUGGAAUGAACAGAUAACCUUUCUAUGCUUCAAAACACUGCCACCAGGUGGCUCAAUGUCUGUGAUGUGGCAGAGUCAUCCUCAAUGCGGUCUCAUUUACAGUGAAUGAAACUGCCAUAGCUGGAAACGUCAACUAAACGUUUAUAACUAAACGUCCUUGGCAUAAAGUUCAUGCACUAUUUAAGUGUGCUGUUGCUGUGAGAGAUAGUGCACAAAAUUUUUUAUGCAGCAUCUCUCGCCAUCUCUGAAAUGAGCACAAUUUGCGUGUGCGUUUGGAGUAUAGAAUAUUCACUGUGCUUCAAACGAAUUUGCAUGUACCAAGCAGUAGACAAUACUAAGUGGCGUCAUGACACUGUGGCUCGGGGGUUAGCAUUGCGAUGCAUAAUUUUAUUUUGUGUCUUGCUUUUCUGGCUUGGUUUUAGACUUUCAUCGGUUUGUGACUAGUGAUGCUGUUCUCAAUAACCUGUUAUCUGAAAGCAUGUGGUGUCGACACCUGAAGAGGUCCUGCACUGUGUACUGGUGGCAGCCUAUGUCUCGCAAAAUCCGUGGGUGUCUAGCUCAUUUGUGCAAGAAACUGAAGCUUGUAGACGCUUGUCUUAUACAGAGAGUUCAUCCAACAAAUACUGGGUUCUUUUCGAGGUGCUGGUUCUUGAUGUCUGUUUUCUGUUGGACAAUUGGCUGAUGAGAAUUUUAGUGAAGCCCAGUGUGAGGGAAGGAUCUUUACUGUAAAGGACUAAGUUUGAAAAAGACUGUUUAUAUUUGAGUCAUGGGCAAGUGUCCGCAUUUUUAUUAUUGUUUAUUUCCUUAAAAAGGAGCUUCUUGGGUUACCUCUUACUGGCGAACUUAAAGUAGCUGCUGCUGUUUUGGCCGCAUUCCAAAGUAUGCUUAUGGACCAAGCAUUCUUGGAAAAUUAUUUAUGUCCAGCUUUAAGGUAUCUGCAGUUUUGUUGCAAGUAGAGCCUGGGCGGGGCUUAGUAUCAAUGUCUAUUGCUCAAAUGGGCUUUCAUUAGUUCACUUUUUUUUUGGCGCAACCUUAAACCUUCCUACUAAAGUUACUAGGGGGAACUCUGACGCUGUGAUCAUUCUGCUACCACAGGAACUAGGAUUAGUACUACUAGUACAAACAUUUGCCUGAUCAUCGGUUUAUGGCUUCGCACGAUCUUGCGGCUUUAUGCUUGUCCCAGGCAAACUAUGCUAUCUAGACUAUGCUUUGUCCACAUUUAUUGGUCCGCAUUUCGAGGCAAUUCUGUAGUAUUUGUUAAUGCAGAAGGCAGUAAGGGUUUGUGCACACGCAUAAUCGCUCUGAAUUGUGGCAUUUAUAGCACAAGAUUUUGUUGAAUAUGGUCGACUUGCCAAGUCGCAGAGCCACCUGAAGCCAUAAGGACAAAGUUCAGGCAAACCCAUGUACUAAUCAUAAUUUCCUCGUUGUCGAAACCACCAUGCUUACAGCUCCAUUAGACACUGCCAGAGCACCCGCUAAGAAUUUCUGUAGGAAGCUCUGCUGGUGAAGCCAAUGGACACAGGGUAAAGAGCAACAUUCACAUGACUUUUGUUCCUCAUUGCCAGUUAUCUACUGUUGGCUGCUUUCAGAAGAACAGUCGUGCUUCAGAGCCUUCAUUAGUUUCCUCGUGUUCUGCUGAUCAGUGCAAGGCUAUUAUGGAAGCUGCGUUUGGGUGGGCCAGUGCUUGACAUCCCUUUUGUACUGAGCUUUCAGUGUGUGAAAUCGCCAGGGACUAUGAUGAUCUUUGUAAAGCAGUUGUAGCUUCAUAAUGUCAAAGUAAGGCGCACUCAUUUUAAAUAUUAUUUUUGACACUUGCAUGUAAUUGUUAACUUGCAUUGUCUUUCAUGAUCCCAGCAUUGAAUGCAGUGCAAAAAUGGCGCAACAUUUGUAAUGGUCACUUUUUGGGUGUACUAUAUUUUGGGGUGCCUUGAUUGCCACCAAGUGUCUGUACCAAACGCAGCUUAAAGUUCACGCCAAGUGUUACUGAGGGUGACUGUACCAGAGUAUUGCUCGUCCAUAAUGACAUUCCAUGCAUUCUUUCUUUAAGUGACGUGCAUUUGUCAAACUACCUGUGCAAGACACCUUUUUUUGUACAAUGUUUUUUGCUCUAAAGAGUAGCUACUACGUGUGUUAGCUGUAAUGUGUAUGAUGUACUAUUCAAAGUUUGGACAUUGCCCGAGCACUUUGUGCAUGGAUCUCCAGGGCCAAUAUCCAAUGCAGUGCCUUUUUCACUGCACAGGAGAGUCCUCUGGCCGAACAUUUGCUCAUUGCAAACAGGCUUGCUGCAAAACUGUAGUGUUAACAUCCCAUCAACACAUCGGCAAUAGCUGCUUCUGUGAACAUGGCGACUAAGCCAUGGGAUUGUCCUGAAUGAUAUUGCUUAGUGUCUGUUCAGGCCAGUGUUUUGAACGCACAUGAAUACGCUUCUCAGGAAUUGCUUUUUUGUCGUUUUUUGCAAUCUUGAGUGGAUGUAAGCAGUAAGUAGUAGAAUGUUGAGCAGCCAUUUGCUCUUCAUGUUGCUUGUUCUGAAGGAAUAUGAAUCUGCGUGAUGCCAAGGCUUAAUCGCAACAGCAGCGCCAUUCUGUUGAGUUGGUGAUGAGCAGCCAAAUUGAGCUGUUAGCAGCUCAGAUUUGGGGAGCCUCCAUACACAGCGCAACUUUAGGGUGGUGACACCUCCACUAAUUCUGCCGCUCUUUGCCGCCAAAUUUGGCGGACUGCCAUUUUAGUUCACAAUUCAGCUAGUAGGUGCGUUGCAUUUUUCCCUCUUCUGUUGCAUGAUGACAAGUGCGAACAGUGCCACGAGAUCGGUCAAAUUUCUUUUUAACUUCGUUUCAUUUCAGUGCCUGCAGGAAAGCUCUGUAUGCUUUGAAAUAGCUCUGUUGCAUUUUUCCUUUAUUUGAAUGCAUCAAAGAUCUUUCGUUACAUAAGUGCAUCCUACAAAACAUUAAACUUAAGCAACUGUGGAGUACAGUGGUGUAUGCUCGGUAGUGUUAUCUUGCACUAAAAUUAGAAGUUUACUCAGCCCUGUCCUUCCACUUGAACGUAAAAAAAAUGUCAUUUGAAGUGUUUAGUAACAAAGAAUAUUCCUAUUAGUCUGUUCAAUUAUGCAGUUAAUGUGUUGUGUGUAGAGCUCACAUGCGCUAUAUAUUUUGGUUGAUGGGAGCAAAGUUUAUUGAAAAAAUAUGAUUACUUGCACAGCACCAACAAUUGGGGGCAAUCUGCCCUGUCUGUGUCUUAGUCUGCGUGACCUCUUUACAAAAUGCCAUUUUGAUUCUCGCAUAGGUAAAGGUUCGGCAAGCAUAUUUAGGGGGCGGCAGCAUGCCCUUUCCGAGGUUGGCACCACCCUAAAGCGGGAGACGGGCGUUUGUGUGAAGGCUCCCUACUCUAAACUGCUUUCUAUGGAAGUCGCAAGCAUAGUGGUUUGGGUGAGCUGGGGACAUUGCAAGGUUUGGUGUUGGGUAGGGCACGAAAAAUGAGGACAAAGACUGAGACACCCUUUUUACAGGGCUACGUGUGUCUCUCACUUCUAUUUGACCCCAAUUUUCGUGCGCUGCUUCCACAAAAUCGAAGUGCUGCCGAACAGCACUAGUGCAACUUCAUUGCAUACAAACAUAAAGAUUCUGUUGUGUUCGUUGCCAACUGCCGAAGCAGGCAAGAAAACCGUGGGUCUUUAUUUGUGACUUGACACAUUGCAUAAUUUUGGCAAGGAGCAAAGGUCUUUCUACACAGUAAAGCAAGGCUUAAUAUGUGUAGAAGGGCAGGCCAGUCAGUUUGUGUAGCAUUUGGCAUCUUCAAUUUGUCGUCCCUGACUGCCCAGACCUAUCUGAAAUGCUGCGUUCAGCCAGUCUUGGUUGGUGUGCAAGGUUUGCCGGGCAAUUCUGUGCUAUUCGGGACGGUGAAUCAAAGAGGCCCUUUGUCAAGGUUAAGACAGCAAGACAAGAUAGAGAGACGAAACAACACGGGUUCUGUCGUGUCUUGUGUCUCUGUUCUGGCUGAUGAUGCUAUUUUGCCUUUGAUUCAGACAAGACUGCGCGAUGCUAUUUAAAAAAAGCAUGGCAUGUGGUCCUGGCACACAAAAUUUUGCUCUGGCUUUGACUGACUUUUUCAUAGACUUAAUUUGCAGCAGAUGGCGAAUGGCUGCAUGGCUGCUCUUAUUCAUUUGCGAAAGUUUUGGCCCCAACAGUGUUGAUUAGUUAAGGCUGCUAGCUGUGCUUUGUUUUAGUGGAAGUUCCAGAACUUUCAUUUAGUGGUUUGUUGCUCUCUUUGCAUGCUCACAAAAGCACGUGCUUCAACAGUGUCAUGUCCUUGCACAACCCGACGUGAUCGCGUGGUAAUGCGGUUUUACUGGGACUGCUGUGUGCAGUGCAAUGCUUGUUCACUGGCCAGGACUUGUCCUCUCCUUGAAGCAGGUGCACAUUUGUGUCAGCGGCACACACAGUGUUCGUGUGUACCAUGACAUUAUAAUGAGGAAGUACACUGGCAGCGUAAUCUCAUCAAAUGUUGUAUCAUCGAGCGUUCUCUUUUUGUUUGUUUUCUGGUGGUGGUAUUGGUGGCGGUGGUAGUAUGCAGUUUACCCGAGCUGAACGGCCUGUGUUUUUGCGGCCGUCAGUGUGUGCUAUUAUGUUUUCAGCUUCGGGGAAUGUUUUUUAUAGUAUUGUUUUGUUUUACAAGUGUUGUUUACCUCGUCAUUGAUCACUGCAUGUCAUGGCUGCCAAAUGCUGGCAUUUGGUGCAUUUGCAUUUGUUUGCCUCACUUUCCAUUGGAGGUGUGCUGGCAUGCCUUCGACAUUUUUCCUCUCAUUACUGGAGUCCUUGCAUAUUUUUUUGUGCAAACUGCUCUUGUUCCGCAAACCUUCUUCCAUAUCUGUGUGUGACUGGGGCCUUUUUAUUAUUAA